GUAAAAUUCGUCAUGGUAGAUGAUUCCUUUCAUAUAUGUAUGUAAUGUUGCAAGCCUGGUUUUCCUUUAUCCCAUCUUCCCUCCCUCCAAUUCAGAGCUCCCAAACCUUUUUCUCUCAAUUCCAAAUCUUGGGGAGAGCUCUGAAUCUGCAGCAGAAAUGGCGCAAAACUAUGGCUUUCUGGUCUGUAUCUUGGUCAUGGUAAUGGACGCUGUUGCUGGGAUACUUGGAAUUCGAGCGGAAAAGGCUCAGAAUCGGGUGGUACUACAAUCGGUGAGCGUAUGGGUGUAUGAAUGCAGCAGAAAGCCGAGAGAUGAUGCUUUUAGCCAGGGACUGGCCGGUACAAUUCUGCUUGGCCUUGCUCAUGCCAUUGCUAAAGUACUUGGUAGGUGCAUUUGCAUUCGGUCUAAGCAACAUUUUCAAGAAUCAUCUGCUAACAAGCGAUUGGGAUUGCACUUCAUGAUUCUCUCAUGGAUUACAUUGGCUAUUGGGUUCUCAAUGUUGAUGGCGGGGACGGUGGACAAUUCCAACUGGAAGAACUCUUGCGAGAUAUCAAGCCGUGGCCUAUUCUUGGCAGGUGGGAUUGUGUGUUUCUUUCAUGGGCUCUGUACUGUCGCUUAUUAUGUUUCUGCAACAGCAGCUAAGAGAGAAGAACAGAGGAAACGCAAUGAAAAUGUUUCUUCUCCACAUGUUUAACCCAGCUGACAGCCGCUGCCUGUAAUGACAAUAUUAGUCUCUAAUUUAUUAGUUAUUUAAAGAAAUUUUGAGUCCACAGCUUAGUUCACAUUGAAAACAUCUCUAUUGUUUUCUUCUCUCACACCAACGUAGUAACACUAAGUACGCCUUUUCCAUUAUUCUUUUUGGGUUUGGAACUUCUGUUUAGUACAGAAUCCGUAGAGAAUGCAUUGGUUAAAUGUGCACCGAAUCACGUUCAAACCCAAUUGGUAGAGAACAUAAAACAUAUGAAGUCUUAAAAUGCUUGCGGCAAGAACUUUUUGUUCUGUAUCUGAUUAUGCAUUGGAGAGUGCUUAAAGAAGACUGAAAUAGUAUAAGAUAAUCUCACAAUUCCACCCACAGGAAGAUUGGGCGAGACUAGUAAACCCAGUUAACGAUUGAGAAAUCAUUACACAAUUGGUAAUGGACUAGAGACAAUUUCACCAUGAUCUAUAGAUCCAAG